UACAUGGAAUUUUACUGCUCAAUCAUCAUACCCAAAAUAUGCAUUUAUUCUCAGUUUUCAAUGCCAUCUAUUGAUCAGUCCAAUAAGGACCCUGGGGCUUUCCCAGUAGCCACCAGUGGGUAACCAUUUCUUUUGAAUGAGCUAAGGCUCCAAAGCAUGGUGUUUACCCUUCACUGUAUGGUGCAUCCAAAUCUUACCUCCCUGGACUUUGUUGCAUCUGAGAAAUUGGUCAGAGAUGCCACACAAUAUAUCAUCUUGCUCAGCAAAGAUCUUGAAAUCAUGAAUAUCAUCCUUCAAUCAGAGGAGGAUUUGAGAUACAGGAAACCAGGAAAAAAGCUGAAUGUUUUGAGUUAUCCUGGUCAUCAACAAAUUGCACUGCUGGUUCCAGAGAAACUUAUGGCUGAUUUGAGUUACCCUGUGGCCACUGACUUCUAGGCCAAGUUAGCCAAUGGUUAUAAAAGCACAUACAGAACUUGUGGUGGUAAAACAAGAACAAUUGCAGUAAUGGAUUUUGAGCCUAUCCAUUCACAGAUGGCUUUCCCUUGCUUCAAUGAACCAUUGUUUAAAGCCAACUUUUCAAUCAAGAUAAGAAGAGAAAGAGGACACAAAGCAUUAUCCAACAUGCCAAAGCAACUUCUCCUAUUUACGACACAUAAGUCAAUAUUUCGAAAAUAUUUUAUGCAGUCCUUGAAUGUCUGCAUUGCCUCAAGUGGCUUGUCUAGUUCUCUGGAUCAUGCCUUUCCCAGCAAAUGCUGGCCUAACUUUCUGCUUCUCAUUGACAUGUCCAACCCAGACUUUCAUGGAGGCCUCCUAGAAGAUCAUUUUGAAACUACAGUGAAAAUGAGUACAUACCUUGUAGCCUACAUAGUUUGUGAUUUUGACUCUGAGUGGCACAACUCGUUAGGGGUCAAGUUGUCCAUCUAUGCAUCUACAGGCAAAUGGAGUCAAAACCAUUAUGCUUUGGAAGCAUUUAAGCUACUUGAUUUUUAUGAACAGUACUUUGAUAUCAACUACCCACUCCCCAAAAUGGAUAAAUUUUCUAUUCCUGACUUUGAAUCUGGAGUCAUGGAAAAUUGGGGCCUCAUCACAUAUCACGAGACAUCACUGCUCUUUGAUCCCAAGACCUCUUCUUCUUGUGAUAAACUAUGGGUCACCAAAGUCAUAGCCCAUGAACUUGCCUCCCAGUGGUUUGGCAACCUGGUUACAAUGGAAUGGUAGAAUGAUAUUCAGCUCAAUGAAGGUUUUGCAACAUACAUGGACAUCAUCUCUCUUAAUGCUACAUAUCCAGAGCUGCAAUUAGAUAAUGCCUUUUUGGAUGUUUGUUUUGGAAUAAUUGAAAAAGAUUCACAAAAUUCCUCCUGUCCUAUCUCUAAGCAGGCAGAAACUCCUAUUUAAAUAGAGGAAAUGUUUGCUGCAGGAGUUUGUAUUUCAUAUAUGUUCAAGAAUCUUCUGAGUGAGGAGAAAUAGGAAGGAAUUAUUCACUAUUUUAAAAAGUUCAGUUAUGGAAAUGCCAAAAAUGACAAUUUGUGGAGCGGCCUGUCCAAUGUAAGUCAUAUAUUGGGUAAUUUUACAUCUGGCGGAUUCCGUUAUUCUGAUUCUAAGAUGACAAGCAGCACGGUGACUUGCCUUUCUGGGGAAGAUGUGGAGGUCAAGGAGAUGAUGACUACAUGGAUUCUGCAGAAAGGAACAUUCCUCUGGCUAAUGUACCUUUGGCAUAUUCCAUUGACCUACUCCAUGAGUUCCUAUAAUGUGAUUCAUGGAUACAUUCUAAAAUCAAGGACAGAUACUCUGGAUUUAUCUGAAAUGACCAGUUGGUUGAAAUUCAGUGUGGACUCAAAUGGCUACUACAUUGUUCACUAUGAGGGACAUAUAUGUGGCCAACUCAUUAUACAGCUGAAUCAGAACCACAAAUUUCUCAGACCUAAGGACAGACUAGGUCUGAUUCAUGAUGCAUUUCAGCUGACAAAAACGCUUGACCUGACUCGCUAUCUCCAACAUGAAGUGAGCAUCCCUGCACUUCUCAAAGGUCUGGAAUACUUAAAAUUGUUUUACCACAUGAUGGACAGAAGGAAUAUUUCAGAUGUCACUGAAAACUUCAAGCGUUACCUUCUCCGAUAUUUUAAGCCAGAGAUUGACACACAAAGCUGGAGCAACGAGGGCUCAGCCUGGGACAGGCUGCUUGGCUGGACCAUCAUAAAACAGGCCUGUUACCUGAACCACACUCCCCGCAUCCAGAAGGCAACUGAACUCUUCUCUCAGUGGAUGGAAUUCAGUGGAAAAUUAAGCAUUUCAACAGAUGUUUUAAAGAUCGUAUAUUCUGUGGGUGCUCAAACAACAGUAGAAUGGAAUUACCUUUUAGAGCAAUAGUCAAUUUCAGAUGCUGAAAAAAACAAAAUUCUGUAUGCAUUGCCAACCAGCAAACAACAGGAAAAGUUAAUGAAAUUAAUUGAACUAAGAAUGGGCAGAAAAGUCAUCAAGACACAGGAGUUGGUACCUCUUCUUCGUGCAAUCUCCAGAAAUCCAAAGUGACAGCAAUUAGCCUGGAAUUUUUUAAGAGAAAAUUGGACCCAUCUCCUUAAAAAAUAAAAAGAUAUCUCAUUUUCCACGAGAAUGAUCAUCUCUGGCACAAUAUCUCACUUUUCUUCCAAGGAUGAGUUACAAGAGGUGAAACUAUUCUUUGAAUCUCUUAAGGCCCAAGGAUUACAUCUGGAUAUUUUUCAAAUUAUUCUGGAAGCCAUAUUCAAAAAUAUUGAGUGGGAGAUGAAUCUUUCCACUCUGAGGACUUUGGCUACUGAUUAG